CAGUCUUGUCUGUGAGGUGGGAGAAAAGAUCAAGAGUCUUUUCACUCCAGUGAGCUAUAUGAACAAGAUGACAUCUCUAAAGUUUGUUUUCUAUCUGAUGUGUUUGUUCCUGGGGAAAAUGGCUGGGACAACUGAUCUGUCCUCAUCUGUCCGUCAAGAGAGAGGUUUUGUAUCAACUCAUGUUGGUGAAACUGUAACUUUACAAUGUUUCUAUGACGCUGCUGUGGUAGCUAAAUAUUACUGGUAUAAGCAAAUUUGGGGACAGACACCAAGGCUCAUCUGUACCUUCUUUGUUUAUGAUAAAAAUGGCACAUUUUAUGAGGAAUUCAAGAACAAUGCACGCUUCACACUGGAUGCUGAAACUGGUAAAAAUCACUUGACAAUCUCGGAUUUACGCACUUCAGACUCAGCUACUUACUAUUGUGUUAGUAGCUAUUCAAUAACAUUUGAAUUUGUGGAGAAUUUGAUUCUCAGUGUAAAGGAUUCAAGGUUGAACAAUCAGGCUUUAGUCCAUCAGUCAUCAUCUGAGACUGUCCAGCCAGGAGGCUCUGUGACUCUCAGCUGUACAGUCCACACGGGGACCUGUGAUGAUGAACACAGUGUUUACUGGAUCAGAAACUCUGAAGAAUCUCAGCCAGGACUCAUUUACACCCAUGGAGACAGGAAUGAUCAGUGUGAGAGGAAACCUGACACACAAACACACACCUGUGUCUACAACUUGUCACUAAAGAGGCUGAAUCUUUCUCAUGCUGGGACCUACUACUGUGCUUUUGCCUCAUGUGGACAAAUAGUGUUUGGAAACGGGACCAAACUGAACACUGAGGAUGAGGAAGAUUUCCCUCCCUUGGUGUAUUUCUUGAGUAGCGCCUUGGCAUUCACCUCAUUUAUUAGCAUUAUACUGGCUUUCUUACUGUGCAUGAUAAAUAAGAGAAACAGCUGCCAAGCUACAGAAUCUCAUGCAAGAUUUUCAGCUUUCUCCACAGCAAAUGCAGAGAGUGGCCAAAAUGACGAAAACAUCCAUUAUGCAGCUUUAAGUGUAAAAAAGUUCAACAGUUCAAGAAGACAAAAGGAUGACAAGGUGUCUGAAUGCGUGUACUCCCGUGUGAAGCAAUGAAGCUGGACAGGUUUCAUCUUUGUCUCUGAGUAACAGAACAUUACUACAGUUCUCUCUUUCUGUGUAAUUUAAGUGUAAUUUUGCCCAAAAUGUUUUGCUUGAACCUUUGUUGCGCAGUGGGCUAUGUAUCCUCACAACUCUGCUUAUUGUGCUUUUAGCUUGUGGAAAAAGAAAUUCAGUCUCAAACAAAUAGUUUUCCUGAAUUCAGUUGUGCUGUGCAACAAGGUACUAUGACAUGUUGACCUUGAGAAUGUGUGUCUAUAUGUGUGUGAUUUAUGAAUUUUCAGAUCAUUUCUUCUUUUUAUGUCUGUGAAGCAUUUUGUGACCUUGAUUUUUUUU